GAGAGUAGUUUAAAAGGUUUCGUAUGGCCGGGAUGUUGUGAAAAUUGAAUGUGCCAAUCACAUGACUCGUUGUGUGAGUGAUAAACUCCACAGAUUGUCUAAAAACACCUCUUUCAAUAUUUAUAACAGAAAAAUUUUAACUAAAAAAGAUGGCCCUAUUAGUAAUAUUGAAAGAUUAGUUAAGUCUGUUAGAAGAAUCGUGAAGAAUAAUGCACAUAACACAGUCAUGUUGAGAAACGAUCUGAGAAAUGCACCCUACCAUGUUUUUGGAAAUCACAGCAACUCCAGAGAUUCCUACUGUAAAAGGAAAAAUUCCGGGGAAGAAGAUUAUACCAAAAAUAUGACUCCUGAUUUUUUCAUGGAAAUUUUGACAACUGUAGAGCCCAUGGUACAUAAGGCCGAUAGAUUGAUUUAUAAUGAAACUACGAAUCAAGCAGAAAUGUAUAUGGCUCUUGUUGCAAAAUGUACUGGAGGUGAAGAGAGGGUGAAUUUUAGUGGGUCCGUUUCAUACACAGUUCGGGCUCACGGAGCAGCCCUUUCACAUCCUGCUGGUCCUGCCUGGCACCUACACACUUGGAGAGGUCCUUUAGGGGUAAAAAAAACUUUCCUUAGAAGGAGGAAAAUUCACGAAAGGAGAUGA